AUGUCUCCACCAAUUGAGCCCCAGGCUGAUGCCAACAUGGGCACCGACUUUGAUAACCCCGAAAAGCAUUACAAUGCUGCUGAUCAAAUGCUUGAGAACCUGGGUUACACAGCUGAACUCUCAAGAAAUCGAUCGACUGCUCAAGUUGCCUUUAUGUCUUUUGUUCUGGCUUCUAUACCUUGUGGCCUUGCAUCUACAAUGUUCUACCCACUAAACGGCGGUGGACCUGUUGAUGUUGUCUGGGGAUGGGUUGCAGUGUCGCUUAUUAUCAUCUGCGUUGCUCUAUCCCUUGGUGAAAUCACUAGUCUUUACCCUACUGCUGGAGCAUCAGCUAACUGUUUAGGUGUCUAUUACCAAGCGUUUAUGCUAUCGCCUCCGUUCUGUAGACGAGCUACGGGUUGGUUCUGUGGCUGGAUGUAUCUCGUUGGAAACAUCACCAUCACACUUUCUGUCAACUUUGUUACUGCCCAAUUCUUUGUUGCUUCUAUCAACGUCUUUGAGGAUAAGUCUGGCGCAGUUCCCCUCGAGGGUAAUGCCUGGCAGGUCUACCUCAUCUUUCUCGCAAUUACUAUACUCACCAAUUUUGUGUCGUCUUGCGGCAACAAGUGGCUUCCUACUAUCGAUGCCGCCGCAAUCUUUUGGACAUUUGCCGGUAUGAUGGCUCUUGCCAUCACUGUCCUGGUUCUAGCCAAAGAAGGUCGCCGAGAUGCCAACUAUGUUUUCACACACUUUGAAGUAUCAUCAGGAUGGCCAGGUGGCUGGUCCUUCUGUGUUGGCCUUCUACAAGCAGCCUACUCCACCAGCUCAACCGGGAUGAUUAUCUCGAUGUGCGAGGAGGUACAAAAUCCCUCAAUACAGGUCCCACGCGCCAUGGUCGCCACCGUUUUGAUCAACACGGUAGCGGGUCUCUUGUUUCUGGUGCCGCUCAUGUUCGUCCUUCCAGAUCUCCAGCAAGUCCUUGCUGUUGCUUCUGGACAACCCGUACCUAUGAUCAUCAAGUCUGCUGUUGGUUCAGCUGGCGGUGCCUUUGGUCUUCUCAUUCCUCUAUGUGUUCUGUUGAUUAUUUGCGGUAUUGGAUGCACGACUGCGACGUCACGAUGUGUCUUUGCCUUUGCCCGCGACGGGGCUAUUCCCGGCGCAAAGUGGUGGACAAAGAUCAACCGUCCACUUGGCAACGUCCCAUUCAAUGCCAUGAUGCUCAGCAUGGUAGUGCAGCUCGCUUUGGGACUCAUUUACUUUGGCAACGCUACUGCCUUUAACGCUUUCUCGGGCGUUGGUGUUAUCUGCUUGACUAUCGCUUACACUGUUCCUAUUGCUAUGAGUCUUUGGAACGGGCGUAAGCAGGUUAAAGAGGGUAACUUCUACCUGGGGUAUCUUGGACUCGCCGCUAACAUAAUCGCUAUUGGUUGGUGUCUGCUCGCUGUUCCUUUAUUCUGUAUGCCUGCGUCGAUUCCGGUAACAGCCGUGACUGUUAAUUACGCACCUGUUGUCUUUGUGUUUUCUAUUUUAAUCUCUGGCGCUUGGUAUUUGAUGUGGGGGUAUCGCAAUUAUGCUGGUCCACCAGUUACUUCCGAGUAG